CAUCAUCUUGGCAAUCUUCAGAAGAAGUCUAGAUAAGUUUAUAGGCUACGAUUUACUUUUGCUGUCAAACCUUUCACAUUUUUUUGAUGCAGAAUCAAAUAGGCUACUUGGAUUUCUGCUGUUGUGUAAUUUCAGACAAUGCCUUCGCCUGCGUUGAUAACGCCUGUGGUUUUUAGUGCGAUACUAGCGUCAGGGAGAGCUUGAGAGAAUAGGCUGUCGUUUGUUUUCCAAUAAAAUGGCAGAUCUCCACAUCUUGGAGCCGAGUGGUACUGAUACUGAUCAUCCUGACCAGCACCAACGGCGCGUUCCAGUCGCUUCCCCUGCAGUGGUGAUCGCUACACACGGAGGUGUAAAAUGCCAUGGGCUGUCAGUACGUUCAAUAGCAGGAUAUCCCCGCAAAAACAACACAGGCGCGCCGUCAGAAAAACCUGGCACCCGUUGGGUACGACUGAAUGUCGGCGGCACCUUUUUCUGCACCACCCGACAGACACUCUGCAGGGACCAAAAAUCGUUUCUGUUUAGAUUGUGCCAAGAUGAUCCAGACCUGGAAUCGGACAAGGAUGAGACAGGGGCCUAUCUGAUUGACAGGGACCCCACCUAUUUUGGCCCUGUCUUGAAUUACUUGCGACAUGGCAAGCUGAUCAUUAAUAAAGACUUGUCAGAAGAGGGUGUCUUGGAGGAGGCAGAGUUCUAUAACAUUGCUGCUCUGGUUCGAAUGGUGAAGGAGCGGAUCCGGGACAAUGAGAACAGAACAUCACAAGGUCCGGUGAAGCAUGUGUACAGAGUCCUUCAGUGCCAGGAGGAGGAACUCACCCAGAUGGUCUCUACCAUGUCCGAUGGCUGGAAGUUUGAACAGCUCAUCAGCAUUGGGUCGUCAUACAACUAUGGUAAUGAAGACCAGGCAGAGUUUUUGUGUGUGGUGUCUCGGGAGCUGAACAAUUCCAUCAAUGGCCUGGUUGUUGAACCUACAGAAAAAGCCAAGAUUCUCCAGGAGAGAGGGUCGCGGAUGUGAGUUGAGGGACACCCACACCUGUCCCAUUGACCCAUGAGGCCUCGUGUCUCUCCCCGGCUCCCACCCUCAAACACAACCUCCUCUCCGCUGCCAGAGGGCCCGCUGGCUCACCAGGGUCACAGAUCUCCAGGGCAGCGCGCUGUCUAGCUGACCGUAUCAAAUGCUCCUGGAAAGGUUACAUUCAGUUGGAUUUGGGAGCCCUCGAUGUUGCACCGAACUUGCACUCACAGGCAACCAAAAAAAAAAAACCCCCAGCAACAUACCACCCUGCCAAACACACCAAAAAAAUCCACCAAAAACGAUAGGUGUAAUGUAUUUUGCUACACUGUAAUUCAUGCUGUAUAAUUGUAAUAUACAUCCUUAACACACAUUUAACAGUUCACAGUGGUUACUUAUUUGCAUAUGUCCCACUAAUUACCCUUGUGGUGUGCAUGUUCACUGGAGACAGAAGAGCUGAUGAGUUGUGGAAUCUGAGUGUGUAUUUGUUGGCCUCCCCUUGUGUAAGUCCUGGCUUGGCAAAACCGCAAAAUAAUGAAAUGCAGGUUGUCGACUACAGUAAGAAAGACAGCAUUUAGUGGAAAUAAUUAUAUUUGUUUAAAUAGUUUGUUCCUUAAUGUUUAUCUGCAACUUAAUGUGUAAAGGGAAGUGGCAUGGCAUAACACAGAACAUUGUGUCAGGACAAUACAGUCACAAGCUUGUUAUGCGAUGCUAACCACUGUAACCACUUAUUCUGCUUUCCUAGCAGUAGCUUCGUAUUCUUAGUAGCUUCUUGUGUCAUAUGUAAGUCGUUGCAAGGAUUUCACUGUAUUCAUUCUUACUUAUCAGGAAUUCUGCUCUGAUCAUAAACUUGUUGUGACAAAGUGUGUGACUGUGUCUUACACCGCUCAGGACGCUUCGAGCAGCAAGGUCGGAGAGGAGAUUGGACAUGAUUGGUUGAAAAUUGGUUGAGCCAUAGAACCAUGAUCUAGUCCUCCUUGCAACUGCGUGACUGAAUAUCCGGAAUGUAAGAGGAGUUAAGUGUUCCACACAGGGGAACAGGGGAAACUUACUGCUGCCUGACAACACAGAAUACAACAAAUAUAGCAGAUCACUGCACACAGACAAAGACCAUUGUACUGUCUUUGGAAAGCCCAUCAAAUACUCUCCGUUUGCCAAUCUCCCUAUUCUCUGAAGACUUACAUAUUUGACUUUUGACAUUUAGGGGCAUGAUCUGUUAUUUCUGUAUUAUCAGAGAUUAAGUAAUGAUGUGUCUGUCUGGCUCCUGUGUUAAUAGGAAGUUAACUCCUGUAGACGUUGCACCUGAUACUGCAUAAAUUCUGUCUUAUGGAGUGGAGCUAACACAUGUUGUGCGAGUAAGUAUUAAAUGUACUGAAUGCAAAAAUAAUACAUUUGAAAUGCGUGAAUCACCCCUGUAUGCUGAUCAAUGUAAAUUUGUAUUGCUUUGUAUUUCCUUUUUAUAUUAUUAACAUUUAAUCAUACCUUUUUGAAAGGUGAAUUGUUCAUUUGUCUCAUGAACAUGCGCAAUUUAACAACUGCACUGUGAUGAAAUAAAAGUCUGUGUGA